UAGGUUACGGUUUAGGCACUUAAUGAAAGAUGUUAACAAAUACAUUAUUUUCGUCUUCAAGAGGAGAUAAUACAGCCAUUACAGACACCACCGGAUUAUGAAAAUCACCCUAAUAUCAUCUUCCAGGUCUAAUAUUCAAUUUCAAAUCCAAUUUCAAUACCAAAGCCGUUACAGAUUCUCAUUAGACGCCAUAAUCAUUCAAACCCUAAACCUAAAUUUCUAGGAUUUGCUCCUAAAAAUAUUUUAGACUUUCAAUCACAACCGUUGAACGUUUGUUUAUCAGAUGUAACAGUUGAAUAUUUCAAAUUUCGACAUCAUUUAUCUCAUUCAACCCAGUUAGUGUGCUGUGGAUGACCUGAUCAUUCAAAUCUGAAGGAAACAGCCGUUUCGCAUUUUCUUAGCAAUUUUGGCUAUAAGAUAGUCUCGGGCAUAAACCCACUCUCAGUGACGAAUAAACCUAUCGAAAAAUCUUUUAUCCCGGCACGAUCUGCUCCAUAUUUUUUUGGUUUAGCAAAUCUAGUGUGAACGAACCAUCAAUGCAAGCUAUUGAGUAUGAGUUUCAAUGAAGGAAAUUGACGAAAAAGGUUGGAGAUGGAGUAACGGAUACUGAUAAGGUCAAAUUCUGAGAUAGCUUCCAUCGAUGGUUCGGUCACAUACUUAUUCUAGGGCAGGUAUGUCAUGGAACAGUAUCUUUUUAAUUUUUGCAACUGCAGUAACGGAUGUCUGUAUAUAAGUGAUUCUUGAUUAGGAUUUUACUUGAUAUUUGAUCUUUGAUAUACUCUUUUUCUGUGCUUAUGUGAUUUCAUUUUGGGAAUUAGGGUAGUUUUGUAUGAUAAUUUUGUGAUUAAUUUGGGUUUGAUCAAAGACUAAAUUAUGGGUGUAGAUUCAUUGGCUAUUGAUGCAGAUAAUGCACAUACGAAUUUGGCACCGGGUAAGUCCCUUAUGGCGCUUCAGGAGCAGUGAGCAAAACUCCCAUAUCAUAUCAAACUAAAUCCUUGAAAGUUAAAAAAAAAAAACAAAUACUAACUACUCAAAUCUAUAACUCAGUUCCUUCUCUUACGGCAGUGCGUUGCUCCUAUUUGGUAAUGAGAGAUGCAUUGAUGUGAGAUUGCAUCUAUCAGAUGUUGCUCGACAGGUGAGCACAUACUCGCAUCUUUUUUUGUUGGUUACUAGCAUAUGACCCGUGUCGUAACAGUCUGGGGUUUGAGCUGAUGUUGUUGGCUCUUAGGAAAGAAGAUCCAAGUACUUGGUCUAGGGCCUAUUUUGAUCCCCUUAGCUGUUGUGAGCAUAUGAAUAACAAUUUCUCUGAAUCUUUUAAUUCCAUGGCUUCUAAUAUGAGAGAUAAACCUAUAAUCCAACUAGGCAUGAUGUAUGGUCAGUUAGUCAUGGGUUUGUUAUUUAAGAGAAGGGAAGAAUUUGCUAAGUGGAAUGAAAAUUGUUUGGUCCCUGCUGCUGUUAAAUUGAUAAAUAAGAUGCUUGACUUGGUUGGAAAGUUUGAUACAGAAGGCAGUGUGGUUGGACAAGUUUAUUUGGUAACUAAUGUGAUCACCAAGAAAAUAUUCACAGUGAAUAUUAUAGACAAACAAUGCACUUGUUUGCAAUGGCAGCUAAGGGGAUUCCCUUGUCAACAUGCUGUAUGUGCAUUGAAACUGCUGAGGCCAAACUGGAAAGAUUAUUGUGCUCCUUACUAUUCUGUGGAGUAUUAUAGGACCACAUAUGCAAAUGCUGUCACACCCUUAGAAGACAUAACUGAAUGGUUAUGGGAAGAUAAGGAAACCAUGAACGUCAACGUAAACCCUCCUCCUUAUCAGAGAAAAACUGGAAGACCAACAAAGAAGAGGAAGAGAAGUUAUGAUGAACCUGAAACUGUGGUGAAGAAAAGGAAGUGUGGAAAAUGUGGAUCUAUUGCUGGCCACAACAAGAGAACCUGUGCUGGUGGUGAUGUUGGUAAAAACCAAACUGGAUUCAAGCCAAGCACUGAGUAUGAUGCUGCAAACUGCACCUUCACACAUAGAGAUCAGCCUGAAAGUAGCACUGCAAGGGGUAAAGCCAAGGUGAACAGAUCCAGAGGUACAUCAUUUUUUGUUGGUGAGUCAUCUGCAGGACCUAGCACUUAAGGAAGACCAGUAGCAGGACCUAACACUCAUGGAUCUACACAAGAUAAUCAAAAUUUCAGUCAGAAUUUUGCUGGUAUUGGAUCUGUCAGUCAACAUCUUUCUGUCACAAAGGGAAAGCAAACCAAGGCUAAGAAGACUAGGAAGUAGAAGUGUGUGUGCUUUAUUGUUUGUUUUAGAUAUGUUGUGGACAAGUAUCUAAUUGAUGGUUAGUUUUUUUGGUUGCUUUUGACACUGAUUCUGGUAUGGACAUGUAUAUGUACCAGAAAUAAGUUUUAUUUUGAUGGGAUAAUCUUGCUUUAUGAAUGAAAAUGAUAUUAGUUAGAACUAAUUUUCAGAUUAC